UCGAGCUCAAGCAAGCUCCGCCUCCCGCUCCAAUGGCGGCCACUCUCCCGCCAUCUCACCACCGCCUCCCACUCCACGGCCGCCCCAAGCCUCCCCCUCCGCCUCCUCGCCGCCUCCGCGUCUGCGCGUCGCGCCUCCAGAACCCGACCACAACCCACUACCCGAGCCUCCCGCCGCCGGCGCCGGGGCCCUCCACCUCCCUCGUCGCCGCCGAGGAGGCCUCCCUCGCGCCGCGCCGCACCUACCGCUUCCCGGGAUCGGUGUCCUCCCCCACGGUCCCGGACCCUGCUGCAGGAGGAGGCGCGGCGGUGGCGGUGGCGGACGACGCCGUCCUGCGCCGCGCGCUCGAGGUGCGGCGCGCGGUGGCCGCCGAGGCGCUCGUGGCCGCGCUCCGUGGGGGGAAGGUGGGCGGGAUGACCUACAUCAGGAACCUCACCUCCCGGAUGGCGCCGUUCGUGGACCGCGUCGUCGUCGAGGCCGCCGCCAUGCGCCGCGACCGCCCCGAGCUCGCGCACCAGUCGUUCAACGCGCGGGCGCGGGCGUACAUCGACGAGUCCGGCCUUGUCGCUCUAGUCAAGUGGUUCAAGCACAACUCCAUGACUUAUCCCCAAAUUGCAAAAGUAGUUUGCUCAUCUUCUGGCAAUCUAGAGAAAGUGAGAAGGAUGAUAAAGUGGUUGAGGUCUAUUUAUGUGAAAGGAGAGUACUUAGGACGUGUGCUUGCAAAAGGUGAUGAUUUUUUGAGCCGCAGUUUUGAAGAACUGGAAGAGAUUAUUGACUACCUGGAAAGUUGCAGUGUUAGAAAAGAUUGGAUUGGCUAUGUGGUUGGUAGGUGUCCAGAGUUGCUGAAUUUGUCCAUGGAUGAACUGGAGACUCGAGUGAGAUUUUAUACAGAUAUGGGAAUGAAUGAUCACGACUUCGGUACAAUGGUUUAUGAUUAUCCAAAAGCUCUUGGAUUUUUCAGCCUAGAAGAGAUGAACAGUAAGGUACAAUAUCUGAAAGAAUUUGGACUAAGCACUGAAGAACUUGGAAAGUUGCUGGCUUUCAAGCCACAGCUCAUGGCCUGCAGCAUUGAAGAAAGGUGGAAGCCUCUUGUGAAAUACCUUUAUCAUCUAAACAUUUCACGGGAUGGCAUGAAACGUAUGUUGGUGGUCCAGCCUACAAUCUUUUGUCUUGAUUUGGAAACAGUAAUUGCACCAAAGGUACAAUUUCUACAGGAUAUUGGUGUGAGGAGUGAUUCAGUUGGCGGUGUGCUUGUGAAGUUCCCCCCUGUGCUCACUUAUAGCCUAUACAAGAAAAUACGCCCAGUGGUAAUAUUCCUGAUGACAAAAGCUGGAGUGAAACAGGAGGACAUCGGCAAGGUCAUUGCUCAGGAUCCACAGCUCCUGGGCUGUAGCAUCGUGCGCAAGCUGGAAGCUAGCGUCAAGUACUUCAGAUCACUGGGCAUCUACCACUUCGUGCUUGGCCAGAUGGUCACCGAUUUCCCAACGCUUCUCAGGUACAAUGUGGAUGUUCUAAGGCCGAAAUACCAGUACCUGCGGCGCGUCAUGGUGCGACCCCUGGUAGAUCUUGUUGAGUUCCCCAGGUUUUUCAGCUACUCCUUGGAGGACAGGAUAGAGCCAAGGCAUCAAACAUUGGUGGCGAACAGGAUCAACAUGAAGCUGCGAUACAUGUUAACUGGAUCAGAUGAAGAGUUUGCACAAAGGGUCAGAGAGGCUGUUGAGAGGAGAGCCAGGUUUGAAGCUGGACAUGCUGCUCAGGAUGCAUCAGACGUGCCUGUUGCAUCCAAUGAAGCAGAAGUCGCAGCAGCAUCUGAAGACGACAGGGAGGCAGAUACAUAGAUUGGGUUGGUUGGGCAAAAUUGUAAUACUCCAUUGUGCUGUAAAGGAAUAGAAAAGGAACAAAAAAGGCCUUUGCUUCCAUGCCAUUAACAAGCAUAGGGGACCAUGACCAAUGUACUUGGCAUGGGGUUUUGAUCAUUGGCAAGCAGUACAAAAUUUCAUUUAUACAAGUUGCCCAGAAGGGACCAGUUAGGCA